AUGAUGAAUUCGUUCGACUCCUCCAUCAACCAACUCCUCAAAUCUACAACUCCAAACCAUCGUGGUUCUUUUGUAGUAGUACUGCUUCUAAUGCUCUUUCUUACCAUACAAUUACUGCUACUUUCACCAUUACAAGCAACCACCACUAACUAUAAUAGUCCCACUUUAACGCAUCUCCGAAUAGAACAAGACAAUUCUUCACCAGCGAAUAAUAAUUCAAACAAUUCAGAGGAUCCAAGUUAUGAAUAUCCAAUAUGGAUUCCAUGGGUUUUGUGCGGCUCACUGUUUUUCAUAAUAUUCACAAUUUCUACAGUUGUGAUUUGUUUAUUUGCUUCAAAAAAAGAGAGAGGAUUGAUUUAUAUGAUUAUUUCUAUAUUUGGAGUUUCCAUUGUUGCAUUUUGUUUAUUUGUUAUUCCAGUUGAUAUUUUCAAUGUGUCACACACCUUUGAUCCUCGAGAAAAUUCUCUAGCUAUUAAGAUCAUUUAUUAUUCAUGUUAUCUAAUUCUAUUGAUAUUUGGAUCUGUGAUUAUACCGUUUGCUUAUUUUUGGUAUGAAGAAAAUCCAAGACUUGGAGAUCAAGACGAUGAUACAGAUGAUAAGUAUUCUCUCACAACAUCGUCAAAAGCUACAACUAGAAAUGAAUGUGGUUGGAGAUUGUUUCAUACCAUGAAAUACACCAUAUUUACCAUUGUUGCAGGUAUUUUAAUCAUUAUAAUUGGUCUAGUAUUGUCAGCAGUGAGUGGAAGAGCGAAUGAUAAGCAUGAUAUUACCGAUUGGCUACGACAAUUAGUUGAUGUUGAACAUUUCGGUGAUCGAGCAAUUAGAUUCAUCAUUGGUAGUCUUGCAGUAAUUGGAUGUAUUGGAUUUAAUAUUUACACUGCCUAUGGCCUUUCAGCACUUCCCAUAGGAUUUAUGAAAAGGAAACAUAUUACCUACAAGGAUGAAGAUUCUGUGAAUUCGAGAGUGGAUGAAAUCGAUGAAGAAAUUGAUUUACUUCAAAAAAAGUAUAAAAUGAAAGGUACAUCCAUGAGUAGAACAGAUCAAAAGAAAUAUGAUCAAUUGAGAGACGAGAAAACGGAACUCACCAAUGUAUCCAUAAGAAUUGAGAGAUCCAAGAAGAGUUUUAUUGCAAAAAUAGAGCCAUGUAUUUAUCCAUUUAAGGCAUUUUUAGGAUUUAUUUUAUUGGUGAUUGUUCUCUUCUUAAUGGUUUCCUUAAUUAUUAAUUUAAUCUAUAGAACUGUGAAAAGCAAGUGUGGAAUUUCUUGCGGUUUUGUUACUGAAGAGAAUUGUAAUUUCAAUCCUCUUGAUCUAUUAUUAACCUACAGCUCUAUCAUCUUUCCAAUUGAUUACAUUAUUUUAGGAUUUAUUAUUAUUCUCUUUUUAUUGGCGAGUAUGACUGCACUCUCUACUAUUGGACUUCGUAUUCUUUGUAUCAAAUUAUACAAAUUGAAGUUGAGAUCAACUCUUCCACAAGGUCUCUUAACAAGUUGUAUAUUUCUCAUGUUUAUAAUGCUUUGUACUUCAUUCAUGUUACCAAGUUUUGCUCCAAUUUACACAACUUUUGGAUCACAAAGAUUUCAAGAUCCAGUAACAAGAGAAUGGAAACAGUGUGCUCUUUCAGCCUUUAACAAUACAAAUAUGAAUACAACUUUAUGGAGUGUCGAGAUUGUGUCAAUUCCUUCUUUACACCAAGAGGAUAGUAGAGAAUUCUUGUUGUUGGAGAACAACACGAACUCGGGAAAUUUUACCAAUUCAACAAGACCAUGUUUCAUGUCAGAAUUGUCACAAAAUGUGAACAGUAUGAGUGUGGGCAUUCCAGUGUUCAGUAUCAUUUUUUAUUUUGAAAAUUGGUUGUUCAUUUUGUGCUUUGUGAUUGGAUUUUUUGUUUCCAUCUUUAGAAAAGCACCCUCUUUUGAAGAAGAGGACACUUAUGAUCAGGACGAAGAGAUUAUGAAACGACCACUACGAGGACGGUCCUACAAAUCGUACGCCAAUCAUUCUGAUAGUGAUUCGACUCGAUCAUUACAAUCCUAUCGAGCAAUCAAUUAA